AAAAAAAGCCGAACAUCGCAAGAUCUCUCAACAUCAGAAUUCGACAGGAAGAAGCAACAUCAAGGUGAGGUAGCGGUUUUAACAUCUUCCACCGGCCCGUAUAACACCAUGGCUGAAGCGGAGCAACAACAACAACCCCAAGAACAAGCGAAAGCUCCACCGAAACAGAAAGAAGUUAUCGCAACCAAAGUAACUGGUACGGUGAAGUGGUUCAAUGUUAAAAGUGGAUAUGGUUUUAUAAACCGUAAUGACACUAAAGAAGAUGUUUUUGUUCAUCAGUCGGGGAUUGCUAAGAACAACCCAAAAAAGGCCGUCCGUUCCGUAGGGGACGGAGAAACAGUGGAAUUCAAUGUAGUGGUCGGAGAAAAGGGCAACGAGGCCGCCAACGUGACGGGCCCCAAUGGAGAACCGGUCCGCGGAUCGCCCUACGCAGCAGAUAGACGCCGGUACCGAUUAUGGUACUACCCACGCGGCCGUGGCGGAAGGGGCGGUCCUCCCCGCCGCCCGCGCGACACGAGCGAUGGCGACAAGGACGGCGGCCAAUCUGGCGGCGAGGGCGGACCGCAGCAGGGGCCCCCGCGUCGCUACAGGCCGCGCAGAGGAGGCCGUGGCGGCUACCGCGGCGGCUACAUGAGGGGAUUCAUGGGGCCCCCCAGAGGUAUGUAUGCCUACCAGGGCAACCCUGAUGAGAACGGUGACGCUCCGAUUCGGGGGCGCGGCCCGCCUCGCCGCUUCUUCCGGCGCAACUUCCACGGAGGACGCGGAGGCGGCGGCCGUCGCCCCACGUCGCAGAACAGCCAGGGCCAGGGCGACCAGCAGCAGGGCCAGGGAGGCCAGCAGCGGCAGCAGCGCUACCGCAGGCGCGGCGCGCCCAGGCAGCGCAACGCCAACUCCCAGUCUGACAGCAACGGCGCACCCAAGGCCCAAGAAGCAACUGCACCUGUCAAGACCGAAGACAGUCAGCCAGUGCAGAACACAACUAAUGAGAGCACGGCUUAAACGCCAGUCUCAACAUCACUUUUUAUUUUUAACAAGGCGUGUUUAAUUACUAGCAGACAAAAGGCAUUUCAUUGGGCGAUUUAUAUGAUUAAACCUUAUCUUCAGCUUAAGUAAAAGUUGUGUAUUAUUUUGCCCAGUACGCCCCUGCUUUCAGGACGGUCUAUUGAAACAAAACAUUUUGAUACUUUUUUAUAAUUCUAUAAAGUUUUUUAUAAGAAUGAUGAUUUGUAUAAAUGAAACCCGACUGAAAGCAGCGCUUGUUAAAUUCGCUAAUGAAAUGUCUUAAGACCUUAUGUCUUGCUGCGUUUUCAUAACUUAUAUAUUAUUUUAAUAAAAUGCAACACUUUAAGGUUCAAUGCCGUUGCAAAAAAACAAGAUUGAAACAUCUAACUUUAAUCUUUCCAAUUUACAAACAGGGACGAGAAAAAAACAAAAAGAAAAAUACAAAAAAAUCCGUAAAAAUUAAAAAAAAUGGAACAGUUUAUUUCCAUCGGAGGAGAAUAUAGUGUUCGCGAUGAGUGAUAAAUUUAUUUCUUUUAUAAAUUGUAGGUUUUUCGGGUUUGCUAGUCAUAUUGUGAUUAACUAUUAUAAAAUGGGCGACUUCGUCGCACGAACUUAUAAUCUCAUGGAUUUUGAAUGGACUAUUUAUUUUUACUGUAUUUUUUUCAUACUUGUUUUUGUAGGAUGUUGUAAACUGGGAAAUAAAUGCUGUUCUCAA